GAAGGUGGGCGGGGAGCUGCAGAAAUGCAUCCAUAUCUCUCGCUCUCUGCCUCCUGUUUUCUUUAAGGGUGUUUUUCAGAGCCCUUUUUCCCAUCUCCUCCUCCUCCGAGCACUCAGCCAAGGUGGGAAGGAGAGACUGUCUGUGAUGUGAACUGUGUUCUUUACCAGCCCUUGGGGAGGAGUAGGGCAUAGACAACCUAGCAGCAGCAGCAGCAACCACACAGGGAGCAGGAGAGUCUCCACAAUGAAUGGCAUAAGGACUCCUCAGCAGCCCUGUGAGGAGGAUCCAAGAGAGGCUGCAAAGAACAGAAGAUGUCUCCGGGGGAAGAGCCUGCUCCUGUGUGCUCUCAUGCUCAGCACUGUCCUUGGGUUUGCAUUGCUUCUUGCCUACACCAUCCUACACCAGGGCCUGGAACCUUGUGAUACCAAGGAGUGUCUCAUGCUACUGGCCAGACUCCUGGAGGUUCCACAGCUCAGGGUUGGAAGCUCAGCCAAGGAAAAAGCCAUCCAGUUCUACCACUCCUGCAUGGAUACCCAACAGAUAGAAGCAGAAGGGGCUCAGCCCUUGAAGGAGCUUAUAAAUCAGAUUGGUGGCUGGAACUUCACAGGCCCUGAGAAACAGACCGAUUUUAACCAGACCCUGCAAAUACUCAUGGGCAAAUACAACACUUUCCCCUUCUUCAGAGCAUAUGUGGGACCCAACUCUUCUGACCCCAGCACCAAUAUCAUCCAGAUUGACCAUCCUGAAUUUGAGAUGCCACCAGAGAGUGACUACAAUGAAAAAGCAAAUUAUCCCGAGGUGGUCCGUGUGUAUUUCUCAUACCUGAUGAAGCUGGGGACACUCUUGGGAGGGCCACAGAAUGUUACCUCCACCUCCAUCUCCUUUGCCUUGUCCUUCAUCUCCAACCUCCAGAAGGAGGUCACCCCACUGCAGGAACGGCGGGAGAAAGGGAUGCUGUUCUAUCACACCACUAUCAGGGAGCUGCAGGAAAAGGCACCCGCGAUCGAUUGGCUGUCAUGCCUCCAGGCAGCCUUCCAUCCUGUGCAGCUGAACAUCUCCCAGCCAAUCGCAGUGCAUGACAUGGAUUAUUUGAAAGGCAUGUCGCGGAUGAUUGGAAAAUGGCAGAAGGAGAGGGUCCUACAGAUCUAUAUGAUCCUCUGCCUGGUUGGAAACCUCUCCCCAGCCCUCGACAGCCGGUUCCAAGAUGCACGCAGGGAGCUAUAUGAAAAGCUGCAUGGAAAGACAGGGGAAUCUGGGUUGGUACUGGCCCAUCGCUGGAGGAAAUGCCUGAGUGACACCAGCACCUUCUUUGAGCCUGUCCUUGGGGAGAUGAUUGUGCAAGAGAUUUUCCCUCAAGAGACAAAGGAACUCGCUGAGAAGAUGUUCUCUGUGGUCCGAGAUGCCCUCAACAGUCGGCUGGAUCAGGUGGAGUGGAUGGAUGAGCAGACCCGACAAGAGGCCAAGGACAAGGUUUCUAAGCUGCAGGUGGAAAUUGGCUAUCCAGACAGCACCCUCCAAACUCCUGAAAUGGACCGGGAAUUCCAGGAUCUGGAGAUACAUGACAAUACCUUUUUGCUCAAUGUGGUGGCCUGCCUGAAGGCUGUGAGGGAAAAUUUCUCCCUGAGGCUCCUUCAUCCCCACCUGCAGGAUAAUUGGGAGGUCUUCCCUUGGUCUGUCCAUUCCUACUACUCAUUGAGGCGCCACGCCGUGGUCUUCCCGGCGGGAAUGUUCCGCAGCCCCUUCUUCCACGCUGAGUUCCCCAGCGCUGUGAACUUUGGAGCCAUGGGAGUCAUCAUGGCACACGAGCUGCUUCACGCAUUCUAUGAUUACGUGGUGCCUGAGAGCUGUCCUAGAUGCAACAGGGAUGCAUUAGUGCGGGGUACAGGCUGCCUGGUGGAACAGUAUGAACGCUACUCUCUGCAGGGCCUGAGAAUCAAUGGCACUUUCACCCUGCUGGAGAAUGCAGCUGACACAGGAGGACUCGCCAUCGCUUACCAGGCCUAUAAGAACUGGCUGAAAAAGCACAAACAGGAGAGGAAUUUACCUGGGAGUGGACUCUCACAUCAUCAGCUCUUCUACAUCAGCUUUGCCAAUUCAUUCCUGCCAGGGCCCCGCCGAAAAUGUUCGAAUUGGGCCCCGCAUUUCCUAAAGCCCGCCCUGCUGGUCUGAGUCUCUCUCCCCACUUUGCAGUGCUGGACUGCUCCCU